GCCCCUGCGGAGGGCAGCGGCGCCAGUGCGGCCGGGGCGGGCCCGCGAUGGCCCCCACCGGCCCCCUCUCGGGGCGUGAGGGGAGAGGGAGGAACAUGGGCCGGCGCCGCGGCGGGGCCAGAAACACCGCUGUGGAGUCCAGUCUUUGCCUCAGAUCUUUGGGUGGUUUGUAAGAUGGAUGCUAACUGAAAAUGAAUAAGGACAAACAACUCGAUGAUGAAGAUGAUGAGAACGAGCAGUUUGAAGAAUUUAUGCAAAACUUUAACCAACUUGAACUGCUGGAGACGCACAGGCAUUUGAUUCCUGUAGGAACUCAGAGCUGUUGGUCGGGACAGUCUGACGAUGACGAUGAUGAACAAGAAAGAAGUGAAGAAUGGUACGAAAUGCAAGAAAAGAAAAUGGAAAAAAACCCAGAGAAAUUGCUACUGUGGGCAGCUGAGAACAAUCGGCUGAGUACAGUGAGGAGGCUCCUUUCCGAAAAGCUGGCUCCAGUGAAUGCUCGUGAUGAAGACCAAUACACUCCUCUCCAUCGAGCUGCCUACAGCGGGCACUUGGACAUGGCACACGAAUUGGUGGCCCAAGGGGCGGACGUGCACGCCCAAACGGUGGACGGCUGGACGCCCUUGCACAGCGCCUGCAAGUGGAACAAUACCAGAGUGGCCGCCUUCUUGCUGCAGCAGGGCGCGGACAUCAACGCGCAGACCAACGGGUUGCUGACACCGCUGCACAUCGCCGCUGGAAACAAGAACAGCAGGGAGACCCUGGAACUCCUGCUGAUGAAUCGCUACGUGAAGCCCGAUCUGAGAAACAACCUGGAUGAGACGGCCCUUGACAUCGCCAGGAGGACGGACGUAUAUCACUACCUUUUUGAAAUAGUAGAAGACUGCAUAAAUGCCGUGUCCCCUUAAAGGUUGGGGCUAAACCUGUGGAAGGGGGGGUUGCUGCCUCUUGUUUGAGUUCUGCAUGCUCACCGGUGAUGUCUGUCCCUUUACCACGAGGUUUUCCUUUUGGAUAAUUCAGGCAAAAUGUCACUUCUUGCAAGUCAGCCUGGUGGUCUGGCUCAUGCUUUGAAGCGUUAACUACUGUUAUUCCGGGUAUUCAGGAAGUCUCAGUAAUUUCAGUGAGUCUCCAUUUAAUUGGUGCAGAUUUGGAGGGGCUUUUGUAAUUGGUCUGUAACAAAAAAAGCAGGAGGGAAGACCUGAAUAUUUACUUGAUGUGAGAGAAUUCUGGCUUGGUUAUGCAGAAUUUAGUACAGCUUACUUGAAAAUUAUUUUUUUGAGAAAUCUAACUUUUUUUAAAACUGCAUGAAAGCUCAGAAUGAAUGUAACUUAUUUGGGUGAUAACACGAGAUGUUUAGUGAUCCUGGUGUGAGGCUUAUUGUAAAAUAAAACAUUUAACCUUC